AUGAAGGGAAACCUGGAAACGAUCGUGCAGGAAGAAAACGAAUACAAGGAAGAAUGUAUUUUUACAUCAAUUGAUAUUUUCAGUGGACCGCACAACUACUUAAAUUUUCACUACAUUUGUGAAAUAAGUUUUAACGACAUUAGUUUUAUUUCCCCAUACCACUGUUAUUUUUUUUUGCGAAAUCAAUUUGAAAAUGUUGACAAGGCCAAGGCGAAUUAUAGAGAAAAUGUCGGCGCACAGUUCGACAGCGAGGUCUACUGGAAAGUAAUAAACGAAAACAAGGCUACAGAACUAUUUCAGAGCGAAACAGCUAUUUAUUAUGAGCAGGGGGAAUUACCAGAAUGCAGACGGAAGGCGCUGGAGAAUAUCGCCCAGGUGGUUAACAAGAUGGCUGUCUCGGAUUUAGAGGCCAUUUCACCCUACCUCGGCGAGAACCCCAAUUGGAAUCGAAACAAACUGACUUGGAUGGACAUGCUCCAAAGGGACAAAUUCCGCAAGUAUGAAAAAAUGAGAGAAAAUUUAAAAGAGACAGGAAAGCGAGAAAUUGUGUACAAAAUGAACAUGGAAGAUGUAGAAAAAGUGCAAAAUAAAAAAAUGAGGAAGGAUUUCUUCUUUUUUGGAGUUUGCGAGAAAAAAGGACAAAACAAUUUAGGCAGAAUCUACAUGAGCAUAAGAAACGACCUUGCCCAAAACACGGAGAUAUACACAUGGCUCUUAAGGAACUGUAACAUGCAGACAGAUCCCUGCCUUGUAGCAGAUAUUUCGAUAGAGGAAAAGUACUUAGAAAGGAAAAUAAUACAAGAGGAGGAUGACUGUGCAUAUAAUGAUGAGCUAGUGAAGGAAACUAAAAGGAGUCUUGCAGGAAACGAUCACUUCUCUUCUAGUGGACGCAUAACCGUGGAGGAGAAAACACAAAAUUACAUAUUCGAAAAGAAGGAAUAUAUAUCAUUUGGGAAAAAUGAGCAAAAUGAUAUUAUCUGCUUAAACCCAUCCAUCUCAAGAUUCCAUUGUGUCCUGUUUUUUUCGAAGGAUUACCAUCUGUACCUUGUAGAUGUGGGAUCCAAGUCAAGGACGAGGCUGAACAGUAACUUGUGUGAAAUUCAUAAUAAGUACAAAAUUUCCAACAAUGAUAUUAUCACAUUAGGGGUGUCUAAAAGAACGUACAAAGUUAGCAUAAAUAUAGACAGUGUUUUGUCCUACCUAGACAAAAAACAAAGUGAAAUUAAUCGUAAAAUGAGAAUUAUGAGUGAAGAUCUUGAAAACCCAUUUGGGGAAAAAAAUCCACUCAAAUUAAAAAUCUCCAAUAUUUUUUACAAAUGUAACGAAAACGACAUAAUCGACUUUUUCAAAGAUUGUGGAGAAAUUAAAAAGAUACACUUGUAUGAUGUUCCUGCGAAUAGGGCGGCGGAACGACAGAAGGUGAAAACCGAUGCCAAAAAAAGCAGAUCCUUGAAGGAAGCACUGGUUGAAGUUUACGACAAAGAAACUUCUGCUAAAAUUAUGCAGAAAAAUGAGUCCUAUUUGUACGGACGAAAAAUUUAUAUCAUCUAUCAACCACUGUCUACAUAUAAGACGCACCAUGCAAAAAUGCCCCCGAGAAGAGAGCGAUCUUCUGACGUGCAGAUUGCGUGCAAAAGGGGGAAGUACCGUGGGGAGAAAAUUACCCUCGAGGGAGGACGUUCUGACCGUUUCAGUCGCAGGGACGAUAGAGGGGAAAACUUUGGUGCGGAGAGGGGGUCGCCCCGAAGAGGGGAAUGUGGCAGGAGUGGUAGUAGGGAGAAUCGUCAUAGAGGCGAAUGCCCUGAUGGGCGCGGGCGAAGUAGGCGCAGGGAACGGAGCGAAAGUCGUGGAAGGAGUAGUAGCAGCAGCGGCCGUCGGCAAAGGAAGCGUAGCGUUGGCAGCGGGAGUUGUGCUGGUAGUAGCAGCAGCCGUGGGGGGCGAAGCGACUCUUGGCGAGGCUCUUCGAAACGCAGAAGGAGAAGCGAAAGAAGAGAAGUUGAAGAUAGAAGGGCCACCCAAAGGAGGAGAAACUUAUCUCGUAGCCUCUCCAGUAGUGAUAGGGGCAGUGGUAAGGGAAGUUACAAUAGUAGUGGCAGUAGUGGUGGCAGGAGUGGAGACAGUAGUAGCAGCAGGAGUAGUAGCAUAAGUAGCGACCAUAAAAGGCGCUUAAGGAGAAAAAGGGACAAAGUAUGA